AUGUCCACCACAGUCGUCACCCCGAAGGUGCCGGAGGUAUCCUCCGAAGAGUCCAGGCGCACAUCCGAUCACUCUGCAGCACCCCCCGAGCAACCACCAGUAAACAGCAAGCCCAAGCGGAAGAGAUGGAUACUCAUUCUUUCCAUUGUCGGUGCUGCCAUCGUAGUGAUAUUGGCGCUGACUCUUGGGUUGUACUUUGGCCUGAAAAAGUCGAGUGGUGGGGGUGGAAGCAAUCAAGAGAGCCAAGAUGGGACUUCAACUGACUCGACCAAGAACGAGACAAAUCAUGCAAUUGAGGACAAUGUCGUUGAUCUGGGCUACUCAAAGUAUCGGGGCAGGGAGCUGGGUAAUGGUAUCACCGUGUUCCUCGGCAUGCGCUUUGCUAAAGCUCCCGUCGACGACCUGCGGUGGCGUGCUCCCGUGGCCCCUGAAUCCACCGAGGGCAUUCAGAGCGCCGAAGAUUAUGGCAAAGUUUGUCCUGGUGUGAAGCAGGGUCUUGGCGGCCAAUACCACGAAGACUGUCUCUUUGUCAACGUCUGGACCCCGGCUACUUCUAACCCCGACAAGAAGCUCCCCGUGAUGGUAUACUUCCAAUCCGGUGGCUACAUCCUAGACUCGGCCCCUUACACCAACGGCACGCAGCUCAUCGAGACUUCGGGCAACAACAUGAUCUUUGUCACCUUCAACUACCGUGUCGGACUCUUUGGUUUCCUCGCUGGAAAAGAUGUCAAGGAAGAUGGGGAUCUUAAUGUUGGUUUGCUUGACCAGCGCAUGGUGUUGAAGUGGAUCCAGGAGCACAUCUCCAAGUUUGGAGGUGAUCCCGACCACGUUGUGAUCCACGGUCAGUCCGCCGGAGCAGGAUCCGUCGCUCUCCACCUCGUCGCCUACAGCGGAAAAGACGAAAGCCUCUUCGCCGGCGUCAUCUCCGAGUCCACCUUCAUGCCUGGCCAGCCUAAAUUCGACGACCUGGAGUACCAAUACGAGGACAUCCUCACCAAAGUUGACUGCCUCGACGCAAAGGACAGGAUGGCCUGCCUGCGCGGCAAGAGCUCAGAGGACCUGCAACAGUUCAACAGGCAGGGUCCUUUCGCAGACCGUACUUAUCCGGCCACAUUCUACUGGGCUCCCUGUACCGACGGCGACAUGUUUCCCGACUAUCCGUCCAAGCUCUAUGAGAGGGGCGACUUUGUCAAGGUGCCGCUUCUGUUCGGUGCCUGUACCAAUGAGGGUUCGAAUUAUGCCGUCAACGCAGGCAGCUCUGCCCAAUUCAUAAGGUUCAUGUUGAAUGAAUACCCCUAUCUCACCGACAACGACACCGAAACCAUCCUCGAUCUAUACCCCCGCGAACCCAGUCUCCCUAAGCACGACAUCUGGUUCCCCUCGGCCUCCCGAGCCUACGGCGAAGUCACUUUCAUCUGUCCGGUCAACAAUAUCCUCAAUGCUGUAGCCGAAAACUACAACAGCACCGACAUCUGGUCGUAUCGCUACAACGUCCAGAUCAAGGACUUUGUCGAAGAAGGCCGAGGUGUCCCCCACGUCGCCAACGCCCCCGCUGUUUUUGGUCCAGAUAUGCUGGCCUCUCGAUCAAGAGCUAGCUACUACACCUACAACGCCCCCAUGGUUCCUAUAAUUAUGAACUACUGGAUCAGCUUCGUCCGCGCUCUGGACCCCAACAAGUACCGUUACGAGGAUACUCCACGCUGGGAGAAUUGGGGUGACGAUCAGCGUCGUCUAGUGUUCGAGUUGGGCAACCUCACAAUGGAAAGCGUCGACAGGGGCGAGAUAGAGCGGUGUGAGGCGUGGUGGGACAUGGGCAACUCGACCAAGCAAUGA